AACAUCUCCAACUAAAUCAGCCCAACAACGACAAUACACCUGCAGGGGCACCUGGAUGUUCACAGAACGGAUUUAUUUUUCCCAGAUCGAUACUGCCUCGCCAUAAUGCUGCAUCAGUACACAACAAGAAGAAAACACCAGCCAAAAACCUCUCGACGGACCUGGACAUCUCCAGCGCAGCUGAUCCUUCCUCAGGUAAGCUGCAGAAGCAGAUGUAUAUGUCUAGCCCUAGCACAGCUCGAUACUGCCGCCACCCUCAAGAAGUCAUUCCUACUGCACACAGAUCGCAACCCGUUGACUCCAACGCUACUCCUUCGACGAACGGCAACCUACUCCUCGACGACCAGCACAGCACGAAAAAGAAACACAUCUCCUCAACAGCAAGGCACCUCCCUUCGGAUAUGUACAGCCCCAGCGCAGCUGAUCCUUCCUCAGGUAAGCUGCAGAAGCAGAUGUAUAUGUCUAGCCCUAGCACACCUCGAUACUGCCGCCACCCUCAAGAAGUCAUUCCUACUGCACACAGAUUGCAACCCGUUGACUCCAACGCUACUUCUUUGUCGACCUGCAACAUACUCCUCGACGACCAGCACUGCACGAAGAAGAAACACAUCUCCACAACAGCAAGAUCGCAACCCGUUGACUCCAAUGCUACUCCUUCGGCGACCUGCAACCUACUCCUCGACGACCAGCACAGCACGAAGAAGAAAUACGUCUCCUCAACAGCAAGACACCUCCCUUCGGACAUGUACAUCCCAAGCGCAGCUGAUCCUUUCACAGGUAAGCUGCAGGUGUAUAAUAAUACACUGUAUAUGUCCUGCCGAAGUAUUACGGUUUACUGCUCUCAACAACAAGCUGUCAUUGCCACCUCCAGACGAUCCUGUCAUCCCCACGACGUUGAAACUCACGAGUUCCCUUGAGCUGAUGGCUCAUCGAUCGAUCAGUCGUCAACAUCUGGGAUCCCACCGCACGCCGAAUGUGAAGUAUAACACUUCAAAUCAGGUGAGCGACAAACAGUAUCAGCUUACACACAAAUCGACACGACGAGCGAAGCCGAGAGAGGAGUACGGAGACUGCGACAGACACUCAGUUCAACUCAACUUUGAUUCUUUGCUACUCAACAAAAGGUUCAGCGAGCGAGUCAUACACCCAAAUUUGCAGUGGAUUUUUUAAGCUACAAUUUAGCAACUCUGAACAUCAACAACAUUUCUAACCAGACAAAAGUUGAUGCAUUCAAAGCUUUCGUACGGUUGAAUGAGAUUGAUAUAAUUUUCAUUCAAGAAGUGGAAAACGAUAGGCUUGAAAUACCAGGAUUUGAGCUAUUUUUUAAUAUCAAUGAGCGUCGUCGAGGGGUUGCGAUAGGAUUGAAAAACUUUAUUGAGUACCGUACGGUCGAAAGAUCGUUAGAUGCUAGGCUUUUACUUAUCAAACUCAAAAAUGGAGUAACACUAUGUAAUAUUUAUGCACCAACCGGCUCGCAAAGUCGGGUUGAACGAGAGGACUUUUUUAACCUGACCUGUGCACACUACCUUCGUAACUGCGCUGGUCCCAUUAUUUUCGGGGGAGACUUUAACUCAAUUGUGAAUGAUCGUGAUGCGACAGGGGGAACACCGCGAAGCGAGAUGACCUCACGCCUCACAGCUGCUCUGGAUCUGAUCGAUGUCUGGCGCGUUUUCAAUCGUAAUGUUACGGAUUAUACCUUCCUUCGAGCAGGAUCGGGAUCGAGGAUUGAUCGUGUACUCGUAACAAAAUCGAUGCGCGAUAACCUCAGGACGAUUCGACACUCUGCUACCUGUUUCAGCGAUCAUAAAGCAGUGAUCGUUCGUCUGAUUCUGCCACGACUAGGACCUGCCCAAGGAAACGGACUCUGGAGGCUAAACGUGCACGUGCUCGACGAUGAGGAAACUAUGGAAGAGUUCCAGAACAAGUGGCGAUACAUUGUAAGGCAGAAACAACACUACUCCUCGUGGCUCCAAUGGUGGGUCAACUUCGUGAAACCGAAGCUGGCAUCUUUCUUCCGUUGGCAUACCUCUCAACAACUCCGAAAUCAUCGAGAUUCCCUGGAGCUGCUGCAUGGGGAACUGACUAGAGCUUAUGGGCUCUAUCUGAACGACUCCUCGCAGCUUUGUAGAAUAAAUCGCAUCAAGGCGCUGAUGCUCAAACAACAGAGAGAUUUCUCAAGCAACGCACGACAAUUGAACGAAACCUAUCUCCAGGGAGAACCCACCAGUCUAUUCCACGUUUCAGAAAAA